ACUAUUCUGGCAGAAGUAGCACUGGCGCAAUCGAUCAUGAAGGUAGCGAAGGUCAAAAUUACCGUCAAGAUGAUGGAGUGGAGGAAGAUAUGGUGGAUUUCGAUGAUGAAGAUGACGAUAAGGAUGUUGUUCAUGAACGAGUAGGAGGAAGUGGAGCAACGGCUGAAAAUGCCAGUAAAGGAACCUCUGUCGGUCAUUUUGGACCACGCGGAGAAGCUAUUCCCACACUUUCGUCCGCCCAGCCCAAGUGCCGCUUCAGUUUUGUCGGUUGCUGUCCAACCACCUGCAUCGCCAAAGUUGCAGGCUUCAGCGGGAUCUGGACUCGCUUCUGUCGGGUCUACAUCUGUAGGCUCAGCAUUGGCAGAAGUGGUGGAUUCGGGUGAAGAGACGGAAAGUUUUGAUAAUGGAGCAUUGACGCCAACGCUUUCUGAUGAGUUCCCAGAAGAUGAUACGGAAGAACGCCUGAAAUUACCUUCUGACCCAUUUUAUGCUGGUAAUGCAAAAUCUGGACCUUCCUUCAAUCUACAGAGGAUGAAUAUUGAUUCGGAUGAUGCGCCACCUUCAACUUCAAGUGGUGGCCCUUAUCAAGUUUCAUUUAAUCCUGUAGUCACUUCACAUCACCGUGGCAGCGUUUCGGGUUUUAGUGGAAGAGCACCAAGUAUUGCUGCCACGGCUGGCUCUUCUCGUGCUCCUUCUACCCGUGGAUUAUCUCCACCGGCGUCCAUGUCUCGAGCAGGCACAACGGAAGGUUCAUCCGUGGAAGAAUACGAAUCUACUGGUACAGGUUUAGAUGGAGACGGAGCAGAAACGCCAAGCGUGGGCAGAAGUAGAAGAAGUUCCUAUUCUGCUCCAAGUAGUGAGGUGGAUAACGGUGGUAUGAUUAAUGAUGAUGUGAAUAAUCGUGCAAGAGGUGGUACUCUUGUCCCCUCAAUGCAUGCAACCGGCUCAAAUGCCAAUCUGCAUGUUAAUCAAGGGCAAAGUGAUUUGGGAGAAGAUGGUGGACCAAGCUUGGCACCUUCAGAAGCCGGUAGUGAUUCUACAAGAUCGAUGACGUACGAAUCCAGUAUAGGUCACGGCGGCGCAAAUUCACACAACGUUUCAGCUUAUGGCGGUGUGCCUAUCGGACAUGCGACUGCAAGUUCAGAAAGAUUGCCUUUGGCAUGGGCAUCAGCUGGAAUUGCUGCUGCUUCUUCAUCUCCAUUGGUUGUUGAACCUCCAUCAAUCACGAAUGAUUUGACUGAAGCAGGCAUUUCUCCUUCACCUUCUGGUUUCAAAGGUUCAUCUACUACGCCCAUGCUUCCGAGUUUGUUGGCAAUCAAACGUGCAAGCAGACGUCAAGAUAGCGGACCGGCAAGUACAGCGGCCACCGCAGGAACAACAAGUCCAGCAAGCAGCUUGAGUGUAGAUGGAGAUUUUGAUGAACCACCAGGAGGCUAUCCUAGUGAGAAUGUGUAGAAAGGGUAACUUUGUAUUGUAUAAAGAGAUGGUGUUUCUUUGUCGAAAUGCAUUAAUUCGUAUCAACUGUCAGUAAAUCU